GAUUGUAUACACCUGUGUCCAUGGAGGGGAUUGGAGCACCUGAAUCACAUGAUUGGGGGGGAUUGGAACACCUGAAUCACAUGGGAUUGGGAGGGGAUGAUUGGAACACCUGAAUCACAUGAUAUGGAGGGGAUUGGAACACCUGAAUCACAUGAUUAUGGAGGGGAUUGGAACACCUGAAUCACAUGAUUGGGGGGAGGGGAUUGGAGGGGAGCACCUGAAUCACAUGAUAUGGAGGGGAUUGGAACACCUGAAUCACAUGAUAUGGAGGGGAUUGGAACACCUGAAUCACAUGAUUGGGAGGGGAUUGGAGCACCUGAAUCACAUGAUAUGGAGGGGAUUGGAACACCUGAAUCACAUGAUAUGGAGGGUACUGGAACACCUGAAUCACAUGAUAUGGAGGGGAUUGGAACACCUGAAUCACAUGAUUGGGAGGGCGGGGCCACAUCUGAAACGCAUUGGUUGUUGCAAAAUAGAAUCUUUUAAAAAG